CUGCAGAGAAACUGCUGCAUGUGUCUCUGACUGACGGCGCAGGAGGACGCGCUUCACACGCAACACUCCACAAACGCAGAGGAAACGCCGGAAAAACAGGGAGAGAUCAGAUAUUAGAUGAGAGACUGGGCAUGACGGUGCGAGCCAAACCGAGGGUGUAGCCACAUCUGGCGGAGAGCGCUGAAGUGAGUCGGAGCCUCAGCACACCAGACCAUCUACUGCAGUGGGGAAGAUGGGGAAGACGGAGACGGAGAAGGACAAUGUGGGGAAGCUGUUUGAGAACUUCAUCCAGGCAUCGACCUGUAAAGGAACCCUUCAGGCCUUUAAUGUCCUCUGCAGAUGUCUGGACCUUGACCCUGCAGACCACAGCACUUUCUACAGCAGUCUGAAGGCCAAGGUCACCUUCUGGAAGGCCAAGGCACUAUGGGCCAAGCUAGACAAAAGAAUAUCCCAUAAGGAGUACAAGAAAGGCCAAGUCUGUGUGGGCACCAAGUGCCUCAUCAUCGGCGGAGGUCCCUGCGGCUUGCGGACUGCCAUUGAGCUGGUUUUAAUGGGUGCCAGAGUGGUGGUGAUUGAGAAGAGGGACUCCUUUUCUAGGAACAACGUGCUCCAUCUUUGGCCCUAUACCAUCCACGACCUGCGGGGGCUUGGCGCCAAAAAGUUUUACGGAAAAUUCUGUGCCGGAGCCAUCGACCACAUCAGCAUUCAGCAGCUGCAGCUGAUCCUCCUGAAGGUUGCCCUGAUUGUUGGAGUGGAGUUUCACAUCAACGUGGAGUUUCUCAGGCUGCUGGAGCCUCCAGAGGAUCAGGGAAAUGAAGGGGUUGGGUGGAGAGCUUCGAUCCGACCUGGUGAUCACCCCGUGGCUAACUUUGAUUUUGACGUCAUCGUGGGGGCUGAUGGGAGAAGGAACACUCUGGAAGGUUUCAAAAGGAAGGAGUUCAGGGGGAAACUGGCCAUCGCCAUCACAGCUAACUUCAUUAACAGGAACACCACCGCAGAGGCCAAGGUGGAGGAGAUCAGUGGAGUGGCCUUCAUCUUCAACCAGAAGUUCUUUCUGGACCUCAAAGAGGAAACAGGUAUUGAUCUGGAGAACAUCGUGUACUACAGGGACAACACACAUUACUUUGUCAUGACUGCUAAGAAGCAAAGCCUGCUGGACAAAGGAGUUGUCAUUCAUGAUUACAACGACACCCAGAUGCUGCUGAGCAGCGAAAACGUCAGCCAGGAAGCUCUUCUGAGCUACGCCCGAGAGGCUGCUGACUUUGGCACCAACUACCAGCUUCCCACGCUGGAUUUUGCCAUGAACCACUGCGGGCAGCCAGAUGUAGCAAUGUUCGACUUCACAAGCAUGCAUGCCUCGGAGAACGCUGCUCUGGUUAGGGAGCGGCUCGGACACCAGCUGCUGGUAACGCUGGUCGGCGACAGCCUGUUAGAGCCCUUCUGGCCCAUGGGAACAGGCUGUGCCAGAGGCUUCCUGGCAGCUUUCGACACAGCCUGGAUGGUGAAGAGCUGGGCGGAGGGUCGGACGGUCCUGGAAGUGCUGGCAGAGAGGGAGAGUAUUUACCGACUGCUACCACAAACAACCCCUGAAAACAUUGCUAAAAACUUUGAACAGUACACCAUAGACCCUGGAACUCGAUACCCCAACCUCAUCAGCUCUUGUGUCAGGCCUCACCAGGUGCGUCACCUGUACAUCAGUGGAGAGCUUAAGGUCUGCUCUCUGGAGCGCGCUGCGACCAUACGACGGCCCGUCAACAUCUGCAGGCGAGAAUCCGAGAUCAGACCGUCAAGGCUUCUCACCUGGUGCCAGAAGCAGACGGAGGGCUACAGGAAUGUGUCGAUCACAGACAUGACAUCCUCUUGGAGAAGUGGCAUCGCCCUCUGUGCCCUCAUCCACAGGUUCAAGCCGCAGCUUAUAGACUUGGACGCAUUAAAUGAGGAGGAUCACAUCGCAAACCUCCAGCUGGCCUUUGAUGUCAGCGAGCGGGAGUUUGGGAUUCAACCGUUUGCACCGGCGAAGGAGCUGAUGGCUGAGGAGGAGCUGGAUAAGACGAAGAUGGUUGCAUACUUGUCCAAGUUCUACGAGCUCUUCCGUGGGACUCCUCUACCUGCAGCAGCAGAUUCCAGACGAGUGGAUGAAAAUAAUGAAGAUUAUUCCUCUAAGGAAAUGAGACAUAAUAAUAAUAAUGUGGUCAAUCUUGCACCGUACAGGAAACGUGUGCCAAAGGAUGAGAAGAAGUCAGACGGUACAGAUCUCACUUACAAAAGGAGGCGAAAGUUCUGCUCUCUGGAGGAGGCCACCACUAUGUCCGGCAACGACUCCCCCGGUCGAAACAAUCGAGAUCCCAAAGAAAACAAAGUGCGUUCAAUGGCAACUCAGCUGCAGGCCAAGUUUGAGAAUAAAAACAGCUACACCGUCCACAAAACGCAGUCUGACUGUGAGAGGUCCGUGCUGCUUCCGACUCUUCACUUAAAUGAGAGUCCACCUGUUAAAUUCGGUCCCCCGGUCCCACCUAAACCUCCUCCGCUGGUGCAGUUUGAAAUGAGUAUCAGAAGAGCAGCUGAGCAUUUAGUCCACCUUCCUGCACAGAUUCUGCACAAACCUCAGCCUGAACCUCAGCUCCCAUUGUCAGUAGCGAAGCUCAGACAUGUUGAACAAACAAGUUUGGAGACGACGUCUCAGCCUCAGCCUGAGAGUCCAGACCUCUCUGCUUCUCGUCCCUCCUGCCACUCAGCAAUCAGUUUCAUGAGAAGAAUCCACCACCGCCUCAGGGAGGUGGACGAACACGUCUCUGAGAAAAAAGCUCAGACACAACAGGUUAGAGAGUUUCAUGCAAAGAGCAUAAAGGAAAAAGCUGUUCAUCUUAGGGGACUGUUCUCAGCAGACACUGCUGAAACACUCAAGGGCGCUUCAGUACACAGGGCCUUUCCCCUGGCGGGUGACAAGUGUCACUCUUGUGGGAAGCGCGUUUACAUGAUGGAGAGGGUCUGUGCGGAGGGUCUCUACUUCCACAGAGAGUGCUAUCGCUGUUCCACCUGCAGCUCUGCUCUGCCACAGGGAGUUCAUGCCUUCAACACCGAAGAAGGGAAACUGUACUGUAAACUUCAUUUUGAGCAACGCAACAACGGGACAAACCUGAGGAGGAAUUUAUCUUUACGCUCAACUCGUUAUGGAGCUCAGGAUCCUGCUGAUGAGGAGAGCUCUCAGUCCAGCAGCGUAGCAGACCUGCAGAGUGGACCUGCAGCAGCUGAUGCCUUUUCUGAAGCAUAUGAAACUGCCGGAUGGUUAGGAGAAAUGGGAUUUUGAAGGUGCUGGAGAGCAUGGAAAAGGAAAAAUGCAUUCGUGGCUCUGGAGGGAGGAAUCUCAAAUGAAGUCACUUGACUGAAUGUCAACUGUCGCUGAUUUUAACAAUGUAAAGGGUGAAUGUGGACUCUGCAGCCACCUCCUUUCUGUCAGCUCGAGGCUACAAGGCUUACCUGGAUCUCUGAAUGAGUGCAGUGGUUCAGAUCACUGUCAGAUGCUUGUUGACUUGCAGUUUCUGGAACACACAAGAUCAGAAAAAGUCAAGAUCCAAGCAGUUCGUGCAACGCUCUCCUACUGGGUGGAGAAAAAAGAAACAGGCUUUAAGAUAAGCCAUGCCCAUGAGUUGUUCAUAAUGACGCCUAAACAAUAUUUUGUUUGUGAAGACUCAAAGAUAAAGGCUGCAUACAUUCGGGUUCAUGGUGUAAACAAGCAAAUCUCAUCAGGAUUCAUUUUUAAACACUACACUUUUGUAAUUGCUUAUGCAAGUAAAUAUAAAACCAGUGAACCUAGUUACACUCAUUCUCCUUUACACUCAUUCUCCUUUUCUACCAAAUCGAUGGGGCCACUUGAAAGCUGUCCUGCUCAGAUUCUCAUAACCUCAAUGUUAAUGAGCAUCGCAGACGGCAUGUCCACCAGGUUCGAUCACAACUGUUAAGUUAAUAAGAUGCAUCGUCAUAAUGAAUUAAUGGGUGUCUGCGCUGUACUGAACCGUAAAAUAAGUCAGACCCUUGAAGAACCAUUUUUAUUUCUUAGGAUUCCUCUUCAAGGCAACACGGUGGCUUAGUGGUUAGCACUGUUCCCUCACAACAAGAAGGUUCCUAGUUCGACUCCCUGGCCCGGCAGGGUCUUUCUGUGUGGAGUUUGCAUGUUCUCCCCGCGCUUGCGUGGGUUCCGGGUUCUCCGGCUUCCUCCCACAGUCCAAAAACAUGCAUCCUAGGUUGAUUGAUGAUUCUAAAUUCGCCAUAGGUUGUGAGUGAGUGUGCAUGAUUGUCUGUCUGUAUACAGUAUGUGGCCCUGCGAUAGAUUGGAAUAUGCUCCCUGUUUAAGGGGAAAAAGCCUCGAAUGACCUGUUAGAAUUGUUCAGCUUCAUUAUAAUGAUGACAAAAAUGCUAAAGAAUCACUUAGUGUUCCACAACAAAGGUUUUAUUGUAAAACCAUUAUGUGUGCACAUUAACUCUAGUUUUCUGUGUUGCAUGACCGGACUAGUUACUAGUUCAAAAAGACAUGGGUUGGAUCUCUUAGCAUCCUCUAUAUUUAGUACCGUAUUUUCUGGACUAUAAGCUGCUACUUUUUUCAUAGGUUUUGAACCAUGCGGCUUAUACAAAGGUGCGGCUAUUCUGUGGAUUUUUCUUCCACCGCUAAGGGGAGUGCUAACCGGAAUUAGAAUAAAAACUAAGACAAAAUAAAUGCAAAGAAGAAUACGCUACUUCUUCUUUAGCAGAUAGGAAGUAGAAGCAGAUUUCAAACAGAUAAAUAGAUGAAUAAAUACCGGUUAUUUUCUCUUGGUUCUGUCCAGUUUUAAUCAGCAAAGUUGCUGCCGUGUUAAAAGACACUGUUAGGAAAGGAUCUAUUUAGGUACAAACAUGUACAUCAUUUACAGUUCAAAAUCCUUCUGUACAUGUAGUAUAUAUCUAAUCUAACAACAUAAAUAUCUGCGGCUUGCAUAUCUUUUUUUUUUCUAAAUAGAGCAGAUGCGGCUUAUAUACAGGUGCGGCUUAUAUAUCUUUUUUAUUGUUUUUUUUAAAAUAGAGCUGAUGCGGCUUAUAUACAGGUGCGGCUUAUAGUCCAGAACAUACGGUAAUUAAAAAGGAGAUGGAGCAUGAGGUUUGUGUUAAAGUGUUUAAAAAUGCAGCUUGUGUUGAAAGAGCUCAAUUCAUUGAUAUGUUAUUGAACCCGGAUGGGAAAUUAUAGCAGCCUCCGAGGUAAGAUCUCUUCCGUGUUGCAAAAUCUUGUCUCUCACAUAUACUAAUGUAUCCAUCACGACUGAUGAUGAACCAGUGUGCUGCAUAAACACAAUGAGACAGAAGGUCUGCAUGUGUUUUUGAGCCAUUUGGCCUAAAAUGUUUGGUACAAAGAACAAAAGAUAAAAUGAAACUCUAAACUAACUAACGAAGACCUUCCUUUUUUCAUAAAAACAUCAAAACUUCAGUUCUUGUCAACAGCAAGAACAAGCUGGUGUUUGAAUGUGCCAGAGGCUUUUUAAAGGAUGUUGGAUGUAUUUAUUGCAGUGUGUUUUAUAAUGUAUAUAUCAUUCGGUAGUUUAUUUAAUAAAAUCUAUAAUCUGAAUGUCCAUAUUAGUUAAAGUUAAAGAAUAGAUUUAAUUCCUGAAGAUUUCAACAGACAUCUUUCCUCUUACUCAGGACCGGCACUUUGAGUUUUAAUAUUUAAUAUUGUUAAAUAUUUUAUUAAAAAAAAAAAACAAUAUACCCUUUGCUGUUUCCAAUUGAGUCUUUUUUGA